AUGGACGAGGACUACUCUGCAGGCUCCGUGGACGCCGACCGCGAGAUGACCAGACUCUGGCGCACAUGGAGGACAGUCUUUGAGAUGCUUCUGGAUCGUGGCUACGAGGUGACAGAAGAUGAAGUGCAAAUGCCUCUUCACGAAUUCAAGCAAAAAUAUUCCGACCCUCUAGGAUACCCCGACCGCAACAAGAUGAAAAUCAGCGCCCGGCCCACGGAAGCCAUGCAAGCGAAAUACACGCCCCUGCCUAGCAAAUCGAACCCGAACCCCCAGCCGGACUGCGGCACCAUCUACGUCGAAUUCUGCCCGGACUCGACCGGCGUCGGUACCAAGCAAGUGCGUACCUUCAACCACUUCGUCGACGAGAACAACUUCCACACCGGCGUGUUCAUCACCCAGACUCCCAUCUCGCCGUCUGCUGUGCGCCUGCUGAGCAGCAUGCCCGGCCGCAUCUGCGAGCAUUUCCAGGAGCAGGAUCUGCUGGUCAACAUUACCCGUCACGAACUGGUCCCGAAACACGUUUUGCUUAGCCCCGAUGAGAAGGCCCGUUUGUUGGAACGUUACCGUCUGAAGGAGUCGCAGUUGCCUCGUAUACAGGUGUCUGAUCCUGUUGCUAGAUACCUGGGUCUGCGCAGAGGUCAGGUCGUCAAGAUUAUUCGCAGAAGUGAGACGGCUGGUCGGUAUGCUAGUUAUCGGUGGGUUAUAUAA